AUGAAUGCAAGCAAGAUGGAAGAGAAGAAAGCAAAGGGAGGCUAUGAACUUAGGCAAAGUCUUGCAUAUGAAGAUCCAUCCAUUCUUGCAACACAGACAAAAUUUACUGUCAAAGAAAUCAAAGCAUUGGACGAAUUAUUCAGGAAAUUGUGCAGCUCUGUGGUAGAUGAGGGGUUAAUUAGCAGUAAGGAAUUUCAACUUGGAUUGUUCAGGAACGGCAAUGAACAGCCUCUUUUUGCAGAUAGGAUUUUCAAUCUGUUAGAUUUUGGAGAGUUCAUCAGAUUUUUGAGCACAUUCCACCCAGACACUCCUCAAGUAGAUAAAGCCAUUUUUGCAUUUAAUUUAUACGACGUAUGGCAGACUGGCUUCACCAAAAGAGGAGAAGUCAAGGAGAUGAUUACAGAGCUGCUCAAAGAGUCGAGUUUGAUAAUUUCUGAUGACUUUGUGGAAGCUAUAUUGAUAAGGUUUGAGGAAGCAGAUUCUGGAAGAGAUAGGAAGAUCGACAUAGAAAAGUCCUUCCUUGUUGAAGAACAUGACAAUUCCACACUUGAAUGCUAUCUGCAACCAGUGUAG